UGGUAGCGAGCAGUACGGAGGUAUAGUUUAACAGGCUUGAAAGGUUAGUUUGUUAGUGCAAAAAAUCGUACUUGAAAAAAUCGACGAUAAUGGCUCUCAGCCGUAUCUACACAUCAAAAUUGGCCAGCGCCAACAAGAAUGUUCUCCCUGUCCUGACGAGUUACGUACGAAAUGCAUCUGACAGCACAGAUCUGAAGAAAAUUUUAACCGAGAAGAUCCCGAAAGAGCAGGAGCGCAUCAAGAACUUCCGCAAGCAACAUGGAAACACCAAAGUCGGCGAAGUCACUAUCGAUAUGAUGUACGGUGGAAUGCGUGGCAUUAAAGGUUUGGUUUGCGAAACCUCGGUUCUUGAUCCGGAAGAAGGUAUUCGCUUCCGUGGUUUGUCGAUUCCGGAGUGCCAGAAAGUAUUGCCGAAGGCUCCAGGUGGCGCCGAACCCCUGCCCGAAGGUCUGUUCUGGCUGUUGAUCACCGGUGAUGUUCCCACCCAGGCUCAGGUGGAUUCGCUGUCCCGCGAGUGGGCCAACCGUGCUGCACUGCCAUCGCAUGUGGUAACCAUGCUGAACAACAUGCCAACCAGCUUGCACCCGAUGUCGCAGCUGAGCUGUGCCGUGACUGCCCUCAACCAAGAGAGUAAGUUCGCGAAAGCCUACUCCGAAGGUGUGCACAAGAGCAAGUACUGGGAGUACAUCUACGAGGACAGCAUGGACUUGAUUGCUAAACUGCCAGUUGUUGCUGCCACCAUCUAUCGCAACACCUACCGUGAUGGCAAGGGAAUUGGUGCCAUCGACCCAAAGAAGGAUUGGUCAGCCAACUUUACGAAGAUGUUGGGCUAUGAAGAUGAAAAAUUCACCGAACUGAUGCGGCUGUAUUUAACUAUCCAUAGUGACCAUGAGGGCGGCAACGUAUCUGCGCAUACAGUUCACUUGGUUGGUUCAGCCUUGAGCGAUCCUUAUCUUUCGUUUGCGGCAGGUAUGAACGGAUUGGCUGGUCCACUCCACGGCCUGGCUAACCAGGAAGUAUUAGUAUGGCUGCAGAAACUGCGCAAAGAGCUAGGAGAUAAUGCUAACGAGGAUAAGGUCAAAGACUUUAUCUGGAAGACACUUAAAUCAGGACAGGUUGUUCCUGGUUACGGACAUGCUGUCUUGCGUAAGACCGAUCCUCGAUACACUUGUCAGCGCGAGUUUGCCCUCAAGCACCUGCCAAAUGAUCCAUUGUUCCAAUUGGUAUCUAAUAUUUAUAAGGUCGUUCCUCCAAUUCUGACUGAAUUGGGCAAGGUCAAGAACCCAUGGCCGAAUGUAGAUGCCCAUUCAGGCGUACUACUGCAGUACUACGGGCUGAAGGAGAUGAACUACUACACUGUGUUAUUCGGCGUUUCUCGUGCCCUCGGAGUGUUGGCUUCAUUAGUUUGGGAUCGUGCUCUUGGACUGCCAAUCGAACGCCCGAAAUCCAUGUCUACUGAUGGUCUGAUUAAGGCUACCGGGGGCAAGUAAAUCACUUGAACGAACAAUUCAAACAUCAACCAAAAAAUAAGUCAACCAUUAUCCGGGAUUUCCGGCAUCCGCGUGAACCAAUCUAGAGACAUUUCGUGGCACCUCGUUGAAGAGACUGUCUGCAACUGUCAACCGAGUAAAAACCUUCAACUUAAGUUCCCUUUCACAUCUUUGCGCAGUCUUUGCCUCCUCAAGAACAAGACGGAAAACACUUCAACUUACAUACGUUUGUAAAAUUGUAUAAUUUUAAUUAAGUGUUAUGAGCAUAAGUAACUUAAUUAAUCCUAGGGAACAGUUCUACGCAAUUGAUUCGUGAGCGCCAUCAAAAAGUAAGGCCUUGCGAAUAAAAAAUAUCAGCGAAUGAGUGAAAGCCUUCCCUGCAGACCUAAAAUCAUUUUUAUUUAUUGUCUACCUAAACUAAUAGGUUUAAACUAAGAUUUGUUGAAUAGAAGCCAUUACAAAGCGAUGGAGAGACACAAUAAAGAGAAAACAAGUAAAUAAAACAUAAUUCAUGUUCUUUUCUCGUACAGCAGCAGAUAACGACCACCUUUGAAUCACAGUAAUUGAAAAUGCUACCUCAUAACAGCCAUUUUUAGGGUCCUAUAAAAACUUAUUAUGAUAAAGGCAAAGGCUUGGUGUUUUCCGUGAAUGAUUUAUAUAGAAGUCACUAGCGAGCAAUACUUCAAUAAAAGUGAGGGAAAAUCAAAUAUAAAUGGAUCAUAUUACAUUAUUCCUUCAUACUUACCGGUACGCUUAGUGUGUUCAUUGCUGAGUUUAAAGCUUGUUUUAUCCAACUUACAUAACUGAAACUGGAUUGGUCAAAACCGUUAUGGUAAAGAAAACUGCACUUAUAGUUCAGAUACUACCAGUAGUAGCAAUCAUGUAACACCGUGUAAAAGGGUGAAUGGGCGUAACGUAAACUAAGCUAGUUAUAUGCAUUAGGCAAGGCAGCACCAUACAAACAAAACAAGUCAAAACCAAUGAUAAUAAGCUAGUGAAUAGGGCUCAAAUACAAAUUGAAUAUAGAGUACUUAAGCGAAACAUAGCAAAAGUAAACUAGAAAAAUAGUGAAAUUAAUAGGUGGUGCGAAAACCAAACUGAUAUUUUUCUCAACUGAUUCGAUUUCAUCGAUUUGAAGUUCUCAACACUUUCUGCUUCUUUUUCAUCGCGUUCUCGUAUAAAAAGGUUUUUAUUCAUUUUUACGUUUCUUUCUCAUCUAUCAUGAAUAUAAAUGAUGUCUGGAUCUGUUAAAAUUUACUUACGACUGCAAUAAACAUAAA